CAGAAACAGAGACAAGAAAGACCGCAGUUCAUGAGAAACCGACUACGCACUGCGUACCGAUCCAUUUUUGCGAUGUCGAUUCAUAAGUUUCGCGCUAGAAUUGUCGCGCGAGCUGAUUUAUUUCUGAUAAUUCGAUUUACUGAAAUGAAAAACUAGCGCUGAUGAAACUGUGCGGAUUUGAUAUGUUUUUUAGUAGAAGCGAAGCUGCAAUAGCGAUUCCAGAGUAGCAACCUUUUAUUCCAAUAUCGAAUCUGUCAACAGGGCUCCUUUCAUUUCAUCACAGAAUCGUGCUUCUGUUUCUGAGGUUUUGUCAGAAUACCUGGCUACGGUUUAUUCAUACAGCGACGGCCUUCUACAGCUAGAUCCCAUUCGCUUUUUUCCUCAGAAAUUCAAAGUUAACUGGCUGAAAUUUUUACCUAGAAGUUUAUCAUUAUCGAGUGAAUAAAAGUAAAAGAACAUCCCAUGGCGACACCGACACGCGAAGACCAGCAGCGACCCGAGUUUUCACUGAAGAAGAAGUCGAUCCACCACCGACGAGCGAGGGACAACCACGAAUACCAGUUCCAACUCUGAGUAGAGGUUCUUGUUCUUCCCAGAAAGACCCAUCAUGUUCGGCGGUGGGCAACCGCAGGUAGACGCCGGCAACCCGAAUGGCGACAUCGAAGUGCCAAACCCACCCGAAGACGGGAUUUCGUGUCUGUCCUGGUCCUGUCAAAAUGCACUCGCUGUGGGGAGCUGGGAUAGAUCAGUACUUCUACAAUCAUACUGUUUGAAAGGCUUAGGCGACUGGUCUGGCAAAUGUUGCUUUUUAUGGAAAAAACCUCUUAGACUUACUUAGAAAGUGAUGGUCAUAGAUAGCAUAGUGGUCACAGAUACAUGCGCAUGCCGAUGCCUGCAUUUCUUACCUAGUCUUCCAUGAUAGUACCCGAAUAUAAAUAUUGUCAACCUCCCCAAAAAUCAUGAUCGUUCAGAUCCGCGUGUGGAGCGUGACCAUGCAGCAGGGUGGCAUUGGUGCCACCGCGGCCCAGCUCCAAGUGCAGGCGAACCCGGUGUUGCAAUACCAGCACGACGGACCGGUUUUGUGCUGUGGGUUCUCGAAAGACGGGACAAUACUCUUCUCCGGCGGGUGCGACAACAAAAUUAAGAUGCGAAAUCUGCAGAACAACCAAGAGCAGAUCAUCGGGCAACACAACGCGCCGGUCAAGGAGGUCUUCUGGUGCGACGAGCUGAAAAUGCUCAUAUCAGGCUCCUGGGACAGAACGAUCAAGUUCUGGACAGGUAUCAGCUUUGAUAAUUUGGCUUUCACUUAUUUGUAUUUCAUUUUUUUGCGAAGAAAGUGCCAAAUUGGUGGAGUUAUCUAAGUAUAUUGUCAGACAUCACAUCCACAUCAGCAUACAUGGAAAUGGUAAUGGGUUCAAUUUCCAAGAACACUCCCACAGGUCAGAGCACGCAGCCAGCAGCGUCACUUGACCUUCCCGAGCGGGUCUACAGCAUGGACCUGCAAUUUCCGUUGCUUGUGGUCGGCACCGCGGAGCGAAAGCUCCUAUGCUACGACCUCAACAACAUCAAGAACAGCACGCAACCCGCAAAAGCCGGUGAGACCGCGUUGAAGAUGCAGACACGAUGCGUCGCCGCGUUCCCGGACAAGACAGGGUAUGCCGUUGGAAGCAUAGAAGGGAGGUGCUCGAUCGCCUACGUCCAGCAGACAGACAAAAACUUCGCGUUCAAGUGCCACAGGUAUAAAGCGUGAAACUGAAGAAUUCCUCCUUUUUGUUGCAAAAAUUUUCAUGGUCGUUUCUGGUUGCAGAAUGAGUCUGUAAAGUAAGCAUCUUGGGUUUUGCCUUCGGAUUCUGCUUCCCAACCACUAGCAUAAACAUUAACUUUAACAUUUGUUAAACAGGAACAACGAUGAGAUAUACGCCGUGAACAGCAUCGCCUUUCACCCAUCAUAUGGGACCUUCUCAACAGCAGGCAGCGAUGGUAUCGAGAUUUUUUUCGAAUGCAUGACUCUGCUGUUCCUGGAUGGCGACGCCAUGAAUUUGAAUUGUGAUUUUGAUUCGUGCAUUUUUGACUAGAUUUUGAACCUUUUUUUUUCCUGAGUGCUUGUGACCUCAUCGCGACACCGAAUUCAAACACCCUAUCCAUGUCAGGCGUCUUCACUUUCUGGGACAAGGACAACCGGCAGCGCCUAAAACAGUUCAACGCCGUCGGCGCGCCCAUUACCGCGACCGCGUUCAACCCCACCGGGCAGCUGUUCGCCUACGCUUGCAGCUACGACUGGAGCAAGGGCCACGAGCACAACUUCACGAACAUACCCCGGAAAAUCUUCCUGCACCGGGUGGAAGAAGCGGAGGUGAAACCCAAAAACGCCGGGCAGGGGAACAGACCGGGGUUGAGGAGAUAGUGGCUGGCGAUUCAUUUCGUAAGCUCGUCAACAUGAUGCCAACGCCAACAAGAACUAUAGCUCAAUGUCGAGUAGAAACUCGACACUGUCACUGA